CUGUCUAAUAAAUUCUUAAAAAUGACUUUGUGUAAAAAAGAAAACUUCUCCCUGUUUAACUUAAUUUCGACUAGUCAUCAUGUUGCUUAAUUUAAUACUUAAACCUGAUUUGUAUAAAUUCCAAAUCACUGUAGACGAAUUUUAUACGGGACUUAGUGCUAAGAAAAGGAUCGAACAGUUAUACGGUAUUUUUUGUUUAUCUCAGACUCUCGAACAUCGUUACGGCCCGUGGAGAGAUAAUGAAUUUCUUGACAAACGCAUCAAAGAAGGCGACAGUAUAGAUCUGAUGGUGGAUCCUGUUCAUUCGCAAAGUAUUAAAAUAUACUGCAAAUCAGAUAAUAGGUUAGAACGGCUAACUGUCUACAUUAACCCCACUAACACUGUGGGUCAACUGAAAGCUAGUUUAUCGCCUACCCUAGGCAUUCCUACAGAGAACCAAACUAUUAAAUACAAUGAAGAAACACUCGAAAACUACAAAACAUUAUCCGAAUAUAACAUAGCACCUUUAAGUUUAAUACAAGUGAACUACACCCACAACAAGUGAAGGUAUAUUUUUUUUUCUCGUGCACCCUAUAAUAAAAGAUCGAUGAACCAGCCGUAUCA